AACUGACCGUCCCUCGCAGUGCCACCAUGCUGGCCUCAGGCUUGCUUCUCGUGGCUCUGCUGACCUGCCUGACCAUAAUGGUCUUGAUGUCCGUCUGGCGCCAGAGGAAGCUCCAGGGGAAACUGCCCCCCGGACCCACCCCGCUGCCCUUCAUCGGGAACUACCUGCAGCUGAACACGGAGCAGAUGUACAACUCCCUCAUGAAGAUCAGCCAGCGCUAUGGCCCUGUGUUCACCGUCCACCUGGGGCCCCGGCGGAUAGUGGUGCUGUGUGGAUACGACGCGGUGAAGGAGGCCCUGGUGGACCAGGCUGAGGAAUUCAGCGGGCGAGGCGAGCAGGCCACUUUCGACUGGCUCUUCAAAGGCUAUGGCGUGGCCUUCAGCAACGGCGAGCGUGCCAAGCAGCUCCGGCGCUUCUCCAUCACCACGCUGCGGGACUUCGGCGUGGGCAAGCGGGGUAUCGAGGAGCGCAUCCAGGAGGAGGCGGGCUACCUCAUCGAGGCCUUCCGGGGCACGCGCGGCGCGUUCAUCGACCCCACCUACUUCCUCAGCCGAACGGUUUCCAAUGUCAUCAGCUCCAUUGUCUUCGGAGACCGCUUUGACUAUGAGGACAAAGAGUUCCUCGCACUGCUGCGGAUGAUGCUGGGAAGCUUUCAGUUCACAGCUACCUCUACCGGACAGCUCUAUGAGAUGUUCUACUCGGUGAUGAAACACCUGCCAGGGCCGCAGCAACAGGCAUUUAAGGACCUGCAGGGGCUGGAGGACUUCAUAGCCAGGAAGGUGGAACACAACCAGCGCACGCUGGAUCCCAACUCCCCGCGAGACUUCAUCGACUCCUUCCUCAUCCGCAUGCAGGAGGAGAAGAAGAAUCCUGACACCGAGUUCUAUUGGAAGAACCUGGUUCUGACCACACUGAACCUCUUCUUCGCGGGCACCGAGACGGUCAGCACAACGAUGCGCUACGGCUUCCUGCUGCUCAUGAAGCACCCGGAUGUGGAGGCCAAAGUCCACGAGGAGAUUGACCGCGUGAUCGGCAGGAACCGCCAGGCCAAGUUCGAGGACCGGGCCAAGAUGCCCUACACGGAGGCCGUGAUCCACGAGAUCCAGAGAUUCGGAGACAUGAUCCCCAUGGGCCUGGCCCGAAGAGUCACCAAGGAUACCAAGUUUCGGGACUUCCUCCUCCCCAAGGGCACUGAGGUGUUCCCUAUGCUGGGCUCUGUGCUGAGAGACCCCAAGUUCUUCUCCAACCCCCGAGGCUUCAACCCCCAGCACUUCCUGGAUGAGAACGGGCAGUUUAAGAAGAAUGAUGCUUUUGUGCCCUUCUCCAUCGGAAAGCGGUACUGUUUCGGAGAAGGUCUGGCUAGAAUGGAGCUCUUCCUCUUCCUCACCAACAUCCUGCAGAACUUCCACCUCAAGUCUCCGCAGCUGCCCCAGGACAUCGACGUGUCCCCCAAACACGUGGGCUUCGCCACCAUCCCCCCGACCUACACCAUGAGCUUCCAGCCCCGCUGAGCCCGGGCUGUGCCAGGGCAGGGCUCGGGGGAGGAGCGAGGGGGCGGGGGCGGGGAGGGGGCGGGGCUAACGCCAGGGGAUGGGGGACCCAGGGGGAAGGGUGGAGAGGAGAGGAGGAAGGAACAGAACGGAGGAGCUGUUCACUUUACUAGAAAUGGAGUCUUCCGAGGCCCGGCGGGAGGGAAAGAAGACUUUUCUUCUUUUUAAGACGAUGCUUGGAGUAAUAACAAUAACACGUUUUUUU